CUCGGUUGACACUACGUUGCAUCAGUCGAACACUGCCAUGUGGAAUACAACGCAUUAUUACUGACUUGACCUGUCUGAUUUGAUGUUGUAAGCAAGCAAUAAAGCAGAAGAAUGUCCCAGCAUGCUCUAUUCUCUGCCAGCUGUAAGGCAUGGCGGUCUCUGUCAUGUGCACGGUCAGAGCUUCGGCUGGAUCUCACUCUGGGAUGUGGUCAGACCUUCAGAUGGCGCGAGACUGCAGAUGGUCACUGGACCGGAGUAAUGCGUGGAAAAGUGUGGACGCUAACACAAACAGAGGAUACUUUAUGGUACUAUGUUUACAGCCAUCAUAGAAAUCCAGGAACAGAAACCAGACAGAAAGGAAAAGUGGAAGAGGAGGAGCAGUUGUUGGGAAAAAUGUCAAAAAGAAUGAUUGAUAUGAAGCAGGAAGAGGAAGGGUUGUGCACGGUAGUGUCAGAACCUGACAAAAAAGAGGAGGAACUUCUGAGGGACUAUUUUCAGUUAGAUGUUAAAUUAGGGGAUCUUUACAAGAACUGGAGCACCGUGGAUCCACACUUUAAACACACAGCAAACAUCUUCACAGGAGUGCGUUUGCUGCGACAAGAUCCUGUGGAGUGUCUUUUCUCAUUCAUCUGUAGCUCUAAUAAUCACAUCUCUCGGAUUCAGGGCAUGGUCGAAAGACUAUGUCAGACCCUCGGGACUCUCCUCUGCAAGCUUGAUGAUGUGGCCUAUCAUGAUUUUCCAUCUUUGCAAGAUCUUACAGAUCCUUGUGUGGAGAUGCGUUUGCGUGACCUAGGAUUUGGCUACCGUGCACGUUUCCUGCAACAGAGCUCACAGAUGAUCAUAAACUCUCAUGACCCUGAUUGGCUACAGUCACUCCGCAGCACCCCCUACCUGCAGGCCAGAGAUGCGCUGAGAACUCUUCCGGGAGUUGGUCUGAAAGUGGCUGACUGUGUUUGUCUGAUGUCACUGGACAAGUUUGAGGCUCUUCCUGUGGAUACACAUGUGUGGCAGAUUGCCAAACGUGACUACAACUUUGCUCCCGGUACCAGCCAGAAGACCUUGACUGAUAGAGUCUACAAGGAGAUUGGUGACUUCUAUAGAAAACUCUGGGGUCCUUAUGCAGGCUGGGCACAGUCUGUACUCUUCUGUGCUGAUCUAAAGAAGUUUCAGAAGCUGAAAGAAGAGGUAUUGACUGAUGAUAAAACAGAACUGAAGAUAAAUGCGAGAAAACGUGACCGAUGUGAAGAAAAACAGAAAACACAAAAGAAAAAAAGCAAGAAGCAGCAGAGGACAUAAAAUUAUGUGAUAAUGUGGAUAGAAUUCAUCACUAAUCAACCUGCACAGUAAGUCUGCUUAACUCGUGUAUGCUAUAUUUUGUAAGCAAAGAUUUAACUCAUUUAUCAAAAUCUCAAACAGCUUAAUUUGAAACGGGUAAUUUCAAACAAAGUAUAGUCUACACACUUACGCAGUGUAGUAGUGUGCAUUUAAACACACUCAAGGGUUUGUCUUUGCUCCAGGAUAUUUGAGGAGAAAAAAAAGAAUAAAUCAACAUUUGAUAAAAAAAAAAACCAUUGUGUUUUACAAAAUGAAAUGCUGAAUUUGCAUUAAACGCUAAUUUCCCCUCAUAAAAAAAUACACAAUUUCAGUGUUUACAAUCUCUUAAUUAUUUAUUUAGUGGUCUUUAAAAAUUUGGCUCAUUUUGGCAACACCAAACAUUCAUCAUUUACAUUGGAAAUUAUUACCAAAGUCCCUUUAAGGCAAAGAUAUAUACAUUAGAUAUCGCAUACAGACCCUGACCAUGCGUCAAUAGUGCUGCCUUAUUUGUACAGUGCUUCCAGGACGAAUGUCAUUCAACCGCACUAGUCAAGACCAAAGCCAAUGUGAAGAUGCUGGACUUUAGCGCUGUAUACGAAUGUAAUAACGAGCAAACAAAGACAACAAAGCACAAAGGCUUUGUGAACAAGUCGUUCAUAACGGAGAUUCAUUCAGAAACAAAUCGCUCUCUCCAUUAGAAUUAAAAGGGAAAGCAGAAGACGGGGUGUGUUUUAGGACAUGGAUUGGAUCAAAUUUAACAGGGAAAGAGGAUAAUACAUUUGUGUGCACACAAACAAAUGCUCUUUGUCAGCAAUGCCCAUGCGAUCACUUAUCCAUCGAUGUAGAAAAGUGGUGUAAAAUUAUAAUUUUUGGAAUUUAAAAAAAAUAUUUGCAAACUGACCACCGGGAAAAUUCUUGAUCAUAGAUACUGUAUAUGUAUAUAUGUGUAUUAAUCUCUGGCUCUGGAUGGCCAGCCCUCCACUGCACCUUGGUCUCACAUUUAUUUCAAAGAAGCGCUUCCCUGUACUAAAAUGGCGGCUCUAUUGACGCAUUCCUGCCAAUAGACAACAACAGCGUAGGCGACAUCUAAUGUAAAUAUCUAUGCCUUUAAGGCAAGUCAAUUCACUCGGCGGCCAUCUUUGAAAUGCCUUUCGGGCAUUCUUCAGAAGUAAUUCACAGCUUUGUCUUGAUGGCGAAUCUACUCCAGAAAUGACAAGGACUACAAGUGUACAAGUUGUUUACAAGUUUGUGGGAGU